CGCGCCACGCUCUACUCUGCCCCAAAACCCCGCUUCGUCUCCUCCUCCUCAUUCCACUCCCGAGCAAAUGGCGAAGCUCUCCUCCGCGGACGGGGAGAGACCGACGACGAGGAGCCUUACCCGUAAACGCAAGGCCUCCGGCGGCUGCGGCGGUGGCCGCGGCGGCGGCGGCGGCGGCGGAGGAGGAGGAAGCUCGUCCCCGGAGGCGGCGGCGGAGGCGGCGGAGGGGGAGAGAGGAGUUGAAGAAGGGGUCGGCGGAGACGAGGAGGAGGAGGAGGAGGAUCGUGGGGAGGAGAAGGGCGAGGCGAUCAGCGUUAUGAUCGACCCCGACGUCCUCGAUUGCUCCAUUUGCUUCGAGCCCCUCCGCCCCCCUCUCUACCAGUGCCAAAAGGGUCACGCAGCGUGCUCUUCCUGCUGGUCCCUGCGGAAUAACAAAUGCCACAUAUGCCUUCGUAGAGUUACCCUCUCCCGCAUCUUCUCUCUCGAGAAGCUAGUCGAGUCAAUUGCAGUCUCGUGCUCAUACGCCAAAUGGGGCUGCCCUGAAAGCAUUAAUUAUGCAGAGAAGGCGGCCCAUGAAGAGACCUGCAUCUUUGGACCAUCCAAGUGCCCAUUCCCCCGCUGCACCUACGAAGGUUACAUUGGAUUGUCCCCGACCCACUUCAGUGCGAACCACAACAAGACUCCGAAGGGGUUCAGCUACAACCAAUCGUUCAAAAUUAAUGUACUGAGGGGAGAGCCAUUUACGCUUCUUAUAGCAUGGAAUGACUAUGUUGGAAAGCAUGUGUUCCUACUAGCCAACAAGAAUUUGGGGUCGUUGGGUUGUGCUCUUUCCUUAACCUGCCUUCACAGCGGCAUUUUGAAUUGCCACUUCUCGUAUGAUAUUAUGGCGAAUGACGGAAGCGGAGCUUCUCUACAGUUCAAAGAUAAUGUAGUGGUCGUAAGAGAGUGGAACGAACUCGAAAAAGCUGAUAUUUCUCUUGUGGUGCCCAAAUAUUUCCGUAAUUCUGACGGCGAAUUUGAGCUCGAUCUCUGCAUUCACAAAAUUUGGUCUUCUGCUGUAAAGAAGAAGUGAGCUGGUGAGGCCUCUAGCAGUUAGCAGUAGUAGUAGCAUUUUAAUAGAGGCAUUUUGGGGAUGUAUAUUUUGAAAACUAAAAUACCAAAACUUAGUUUAUUAUGCUGAAUAUGGUAUGCAAACUUGUAGUAAUGUGUUAUGUGUGAGAUAAACCUUCUUUCUAUUUAUAUGUAUUGUGUAUGUUUUGUAGUCUUUUGAAGAGACUAUGUAAUAUAAACCAUGUUACUUAGUUUUCUAAGUAUGUGUUUAAAUUUUAA